CUCUCCCGCCCUCUCCCCUCUCCUCCACACCACCACCACCACCCCCAUCUCGCCUCGCUCUCUCCCUCGGCCACACACCCCCGGGAGCUGUGUUUCCCACUGCCGCCUACACCGACCACAGACUGCCAGCGACCAGCGAAGAACCCGCAUAGGAUUACAGGCGCCUCUGCUGCGAAUGAGAGGGCUUUGGGUGUGGAUUAUUAUCACUCUCAUAACCGAACCGAUAGUUAAUACUAAUCGUUAUUAAUUAUAGUUGGAGGUUGUGUGUGUGUUGGGGGGUGUGCGAGGCUGCCUGAUUUUGGAAGUCGACAGCACUUGGGCAUUUUCACCCGGCGCGUCAACAACCCUCUCAAGGGGAGAAGGAUUCGUCGAGGGAAUCCGAACCGAGCACAGGUGCGGACAGACCGGAUCACACCCCCAUCACCGUCGCUACCAACGCCAACAACGCCACCAACGCCACCAUGCCGAAGCAGGUGGAGGUCCGCAUGCACGAGAGCCACCUGGACGUGCCUCCGUCGCAGGGCCGGCGCGGCUGCUGGCAGUACCUGAAGGGAACCUGCCUGUGCACGAACCCGCUGCUCACGCUCACCGUCGUCGGCGUGAUCAUGGGGGCCCUCAGCGGCAUGGCACUGCGCUCGGUCGCCCCGCUGCACCCCGACAUCGUGAUGGUCAUCUCCUUCCCCGGAGACAUUCUCAUGCGGAUGCUCAAGAUGCUCAUCCUGCCGCUCAUCAUCUCCAGUCUCAUCACAGGUUUGUCCGGCCUUGACGCCAAGUCGAGCGGGCGCAUGGGCACGCGCGCCAUGGCCUACUACAUGUCGACCACGGUGAUCGCGGCCGUGCUGGGAGUCAUCCUCGUGCUGGCCAUCCACCCGGGCAACCCCAAGCUCAAGAAGCAGCUGGGAAGGGGGCAACUCAACGAGGAUGUGUCCAGCCUGGACGCCUUCCUCGACCUCAUCCGGAACCUCUUUCCCGAGAACCUGGUGCAGGCCUGCUUUCAGCAGAUUCAAACGGUGACCAAGAAAGUGGCGGUGACUCCAGAUGAGCCGGACGAGGAAGAGGGCCUCAACGUGACGGGAGCUGCUACAACCAUCGCCAGCGACCUCUUUGAGUCGGUCACGCUGGCCCUCAAUGGCAGCAACUCGAGCGAGCCAAGCGAGCCCCUGUUCGAAAUCAAGAAGGGCCUCAUCUUCAAGGAUGGCAUGAACGUCCUGGGUCUCAUUGGCUUCUUCAUUGCGUUUGGCAUCAUCAUGGGGAAGAUGGGAGAUCAGGCGAAACUCAUGGUCGAGUUCUUCAGCAUCCUCAACGAAAUCAUCAUGCGCCUCGUCAUCAUGAUCAUGUGGUACUCUCCCUUUGGCAUCGCGUCGCUCAUCUGCGGAAAGAUCUCGGACAUCAAGGACCUGGAGGUGGUGGCGCGGCAGCUGGGCAUGUACAUGAUCACGGUUAUCGUGGGCCUCAUCAUCCACGGAGCCAUGAUCCUGCCGCUCAUCUACUUCAGCAUCACGCGCAAGAACCCCUACAAGUUCUUCGUCGGGAUCUUCCAGGCCUGGAUCACGGCUCUGGGCACGGCCUCCAGUGCCGGCACGCUGCCCGUCACGUUCCGCUGCCUCGAGGAGAACCUGGGAAUCGACAAGCGGAUCACUCGCUUCGUGCUGCCCGUGGGAGCCACCAUCAACAUGGACGGCACCGCCCUCUACGAGGCCGUGGCGGCCAUCUUUAUCGCGCAGAUGAAUGGCGUGGUGCUCGACGGUGGGCAAAUCGUCACCGUGAGUCUGACUGCCACGCUCGCAAGCGUGGGAGCCGCCAGCAUCCCCAGCGCGGGUCUGGUCACAAUGCUGCUCAUCCUGACCGCCGUGGGUCUCCCCACCUCCGACAUCAGCCUGCUGGUGGCUGUGGACUGGCUGCUGGAUCGCAUGCGGACGUCGGUGAACGUGGUGGGCGACUCGUUCGGCGCGGGCAUCGUGUACCACCUGUCGCGUGCCGAGCUGGACGCCCUCGAUGCGCGCGCUCACGAGGACUCCGACCUGACCCACCGCGCCUCGCUCUACGAGGACGGCCGCAACCACCAGCCCGGCGCCAGCGAGGUCAUCGCCCUCAACUCCGUCGUCGCCGAGGACUCCAAGGCCGGUGCGGCGGGCAAAAAUGGUGCCACGGCAGAGUUCACACUCUUUGAGGAGGACCCAUGGAAGCGUGAAAGCUGAACGGACAGCGGAAACGGAUGAAUGAGGGCGCAGAUGCAGGACUCCUUUCCACUGACCCUCUCACACUCCCAGCCCGAACCCAACUUCUCUUUCCUUCUCCUCCGUGCCGUCCCUUUUUUUUUUCACCCCAAACCUCCCCACACGCGCACGCGCCGGGCUGUACACCACUUGGGGCUGCGCCGUUCGCUGGGCUUUGUAGCCUUGACAUCGCUGGUGGCAGAGCGACCCGUGGCAUUUUGUUCUGUAAAAGUAAAGAAAUUACCAUAGUCUCUGGGUUAUAAGAUGGUCCGGAAAGUGAGAUGCUUUCUAAUACAUUUUUUUUUAUCUGGUCGCACACGCACGCACGCAUAACACAUUAAUAAGACGCAUCCCAAAACGGUUUUAAAAUCGCGUGGGAAAAAACGCGGGUGAUAAUCUGGAUAAUGCGCUCAUAUAGAUUGUAUUUGAAUACAGGUGUAAGAGUCCACUAAAACCAUAAUACAAUGGCACAAGACCAUUAUCUAUGUCAAGGUGCAUGGUUCGUCGAUUUAAAUAUACGUGAACGUUUAUUAAGUAAAUUUGUCAAUGCAAUCGUAACCCAAAAUGGCAGGCUGAACAUGUAAAAGUGUCUUCCUGUCUAAACAAGCUUAGAGCAGUGUUCUAUCUCUGCAACCAUGAGCCAAUGAUGGAAAUUCCACAAUCUUAUGGCAGGGACCAGUCGACUGCGUUGAACUGAGCAGAUGGCUCUUUUACUAGAAUACACACCCAGGACCUUCGCAUGUGAGCUGAGUGACAAUUAUACAUGGCCAGAUCUCAUGAGAGCAAAACUGUAACAUUGCAAAUAAAAGAUUGAUGUCGCCAAUUAGCUCAGAUGAUAAUUCCAUGUUUUUGAGAUUCUCGGUUCAAAUCCCAGGCACUGGUCUCCUGAAAUGUUAAUACACAUUCCCAAGUGUGGUGGUUUUAAUGGACUCAGCUCUGUGGUGUUACCCCACUGCCAAGGCAGUGCCAAAAAAGUAGCUUAAAUAAUAAUGAAAACCUACUUCAUUAGUGAAUUUGGCACUUUUUCCCAAUUAAGAUUUUAUAUUUUGGUUUUUAAAUAUGUCGCUUCCUUUCUAGGCAAUGACAACUUAUAUAUUUAAACACAAGUAGGCUUUCGCGACCAAUAUUACAAUUCAUAAUUGAUCUUUUUUUGGAUCAGAACGCAUAAAUAAUUUUAAAAAAUCAUAAAUCCUCCUGCACCCAAUACAGCCAAUUAAUAAACUUGUCACGUGAUGAACAAACGUGGCUAAUUAAUUACUGCCACAGCAGCAGCACCGCCUGUGCAUUGGAGAGCGACUUCGCUAAAAUGUAACAGCCAUUGUGAUGAAAACCUGCGGUAAAAUAACCCAGGGCACUUUCCUGACCAUCGGAGAAGUCCCGUUCACGCAAUUUCUUCACUCAGUCUGCCAUCAACGUUGUGGCUGCCCCCGCACCCCUCGAGCGGCUCGUGUGAAGCGCAGGGCAGCGCCCGGGCGCGUAAACCCACGCCGCUCUGUGCCCCGUGCGACGUCAAGGCUGCAUGCGGAGCUCGCGUGCCCCCAACGUGUUAACCCCUGACGGCACCGGUGCCCCUCUCCUAUGUCGGGAUUUCCCACUGCCGAGAUGCAACGGACCUUCUCCGUGGCGUUUAUUCGAUUUUCGUUUAAUUCCUCCUUUUUUUCGGGUUCGUUCUUUUAACAACAACAACAACAACAAAAUAUCAAAACAUAUCAGCGAGAUCCGUUGGUAUUUUGACGUGUGCUUUUUAAGGAAACUUUUCUUAAAUAAAAAGUUGUAUUAAUAAAUACGCUUUUCAAUGUGGGCAGGGUGCCACAGUGAACGAAUGAGCAGCAGUAGCAGCCAUUUUUAAUCGACGUUGAGGUUAAACGAGGAAACCUUCAGCAGAAUCCAAUCUGUAUCGAGAUGUGCCCGGGCAGGGCGAUGUUAAAGCACACACAGCAAUAACCGAAACUACAUCAUAGCGGUGCUCACUUCACAAGACAUUCCUUAUUAAACCUCAGGCUGCACAUUUUAUAGGCUGACGUUGAGAGCCAGUGAGCUGAGUGGUCAGCACGCUUGCAACUCGGCUGCUAAAAACAAGGGUUAACAGUUUAAUUCCGCUACCGGGAUCUUGGCAAUUUCUGCUGCGGAUUUACCAAAGCACACAGCCUGCCGGACAAUGGAUAUUAAAGACCCCCUUGGAAACAUGUGCAAGAAUAAGCCAUUUGUAUACCAGUGGCCUAACCUCAAUUUCAAUCGUUUUAAACGAUAACACCUGGCUGUAAAGGGUGUCAGUCGUCCCAAGAGAGGUUUAAAUGAAGGGACGUUGAAUUUACAUUGCAUUAUUGAAUUACUUAAAAUGGGAGUCACUGAUAAAUACAAUGGUGCAGUAAUAUAUAGAUAUAUGCAUAUCUUGUUUUUGCUGUAUUAAUUUAACUUUGGUUACUUUAGUGGAAUGUUUAAUUUACACAGCAGAUUGCACUUCCUUUAAUUUAAUGGACUAGUUUUAUAUAUAUAUAAAACACAACAUUUACUUAAAAGCAAACGUGUGAAUGUUACUAAGGCAAUUCAGGUCAGUGUAUUCCAUCGCAGAAUUUUUUUUCUUUACAAUUUACUCAGGACAUGAAAUAGGCAUUUAAAUUUUUUUCCCGGUACAUUGCAUAAACCACACAUGUGUACGAUUUUUGUUAUUUCCGUUUUUAACAUUUUUUCUGGCAACCUUUGCUUCUUUAAAAACUAAAUCGUUGCAUUUUAAAAACGCAACUAAUGCAACGCAAAAAAAAAUCACAUCACGGUGACGCUCCAGCGACUGAAUUGACCGCAGUGCCAAAAAAAAAAGCACCGGCAAACACCCAAAAAACAUCGUUGGACGUGACAGCACAACGGCGCUCGACCAGCUUAGCUCGCCCGCUCCACCCCACCGGUGCCCGUUCCGUCGUCGGCGUCGCUGCGCGACUUUGCACGCCCGUUAUUGAGCGACGCCUCGCCCCAGAUUUCAUCCCCUUCGUGUGUGUGUGUGGGGGGACCAGUUGGCAAUGCCGGGCCACAUUCACAAGAGAGGAAGGGGGCGGUGGGGGGGGCGGUGUGUGUGUGGAGACGUGCCCGCUUCCGAGCAUCCUCGUCCUAUGUUCCGUUUUUCUCCCGCGCAUGGCUUGCGACAACGACGCGCACGACUGCAUGCAGUGCGUGGACAUUUUGCUUGCAUAGGGCAUGGUGAAGCAACUGUGUUGGGUAUUGUUAGAAGUGGGAGGAUGGGGGAGCACAGGAAGAGGUACGGGUCUCCGCUAUUUACGAGGGGCAAGCGAGCGGCAGUAAUGAGCGGGGCGGGGGGUCUUUCAGCGCUCGAGUGACGUCCCCUUUUAGUCAAAAAGCCGUGGAGUCUCUGAGUGGGGGGGGGGGUAGAGAAAGAGUUUCGUGUUUGUCAUUGGCACGCAUGCCUGCAUGUAUUAAGCCAUCGGACGCAUCCGCACAAUCUAAUGAGUUGUUGUCGUCGCCGCUGCUUUUUUUAACUUGCGCUGCGGCAACCGCAAGCUCCGUGCAAUGGAUGACACAAAAAAAAAUCGGUCCUGGGAAAGUGAAUCGUGGCGUUGUGCUCAUGCGCAUCGCGCGUGCCGUGCUGCACGCGUCCUGUGCGCAUUUCUGGCAGCGUACGGCACAAUCGGAGUGGUGGCGCAGUGGUUACACUGUGCUGCGGUUCGCAUUGACCCGGUUCCAAUUUGGAAUCUGAACGUGGUCUGGGCAUCGCAUAGGUCAACUCAUAGGCCCUAAAAUCAGUACCUGCUGAUUUGCGGUUGUUAACGUCGGCACUGGAGAGAUGAAGGUGGCUGAGGCAUCUCCACUGCACUGAAGCAAUAUCCAGUUUUGGCCUUGCUGCCCUUAACGGGCCCUCGCUAACAGUAACAGCCCUGACAGCCUCAGCCAGGAUAAAUGGGGAUAAGUGAACGCAUACGACAUCCUCAUGCAUGCAGUACGCACACACACAGAUGUGUGUGUGCGCACUGCAUGUUGCAUAUAUGCUGGGCAGUUUAUGCAAGGGAUGGUCAAAAAGUUUAGUAAUGAGAUAUUUAAAAAAUAUGAACCAACCGAAUUUGAAUUUGGAUGCAAACACUUUAUACCUUGGCAACAAUAUAAGAAUAAUGCAUACAUGCGUGGACUUGUGUGGAAGCACAACAUGCACAUCAAAUUUAAAGCAAUACAUGCACAAACUAACGGAAUGGCGAUCAACAAUAGCCAUGUAAACCUCAGUGUGAUAGUUAGCACGCUGCGUGAUUAACUCCACGAACCCGAGUUAAAUUCCAGGCCACGGCUAACAUCAGUGGCGAGUGAUAUCUGAACUGGAGCUGGCCCCCUAUACAGCCUUCACCAUCUCCCAUUAACUAGCGUGGUGAAGCAUGGUCAAACACCCCCCCCCCGCCCAUGACCGACGUGGCACGUGGAGGCCCGUUUCCAAUUGUGGAUUGAGAGAGGGCUGUCAAUUAUGAUUUUAAUCGAAUGCAGGUAAAUUAAAUGUUGUAGGUGUUAAGACUGCAUACAUUUAAGAUCUGUUUUAAAACUUGCAGACCUUUCAUUGCCUCCGUAUGCUGUGCAUUCGGUUGGUCAUAAUUCAGCACCAAUAUUUUCCAGAGUGCAAUUGCUGUAGGCUUUCCACAAAGUGGUACUCAUUUAAUCGAGCCGACAGAGAUGAUGCGCCGAACUCGCAGCUUUCAAUAUGCAAAUCAAGUACCCUAACUGCAACACCACCCGACUGGAGUGUACGCACGCACGCACGCCUGCCCGUACACCGAUUAAUGCACAGCAAAUACAUACGGCACGCCCGUAUGCAUUUAUACGUGUAUUUUUCACAAGGCUUUUUUGCCGUGAGAAAAUGUCAUCCAUUGCCGUGCCCCCGUUUGCGUAAAGCGCUACAGAACGCUUGGGAGAAAUUCCACCACAAACCCUGGCACGGAGAGAGCCGUGUUUGUGCACACAGUGGCUCAAUAGAGUUGCCCAUGCAUGCACAGUCCUGAGCCUUGUGCCAUGCAGAACGUUUCCACGCUUACACAGGCUGCGGCCUAACACUUUCUCCUGUGAGCUUGAGGACAUUUUUUGCAAGCUCUCGAAGCCGAUGUUGCGUCGCACCUCUCUGAUAAAAAAAAAAAAAUUGUGACAGAACAUUUCAAAUCGCUGAAACAUUUUAUUUCCUUUACACAGCCCAAGUUAAUGAUGGACAAGUGUUGACAUGGGUACAUGUACAGGCCUUUUUGCCAGUCCACUGCUGGAUGGAUGAGGAGCCCACCACACCGCGCUGGUCGUGGGUUGGUUUUUUUGCUGCAUCUGUCUGUCACCACGCGUGGUGUGGGUGCGGAUUAGCGAAGGUGGAUAGCGUUGUUGUGGGAGCAGAGAAAGUGCAGGACAACAAUGUGUCUUGCUGCACUGCCCCUCCACAUGCGGUUGAAAUGUAAAGAUUAAAUCUAUUUACAAGACAGUUAUUAUCAAGUCAAGUGAAAGUGUCUCUCUGCUCUGAUGCUGAGCCAUUUGGGGGUGUGCUCAUCUACGUUGGCAAACCCAUAGCCAGUGGGUGGAAAUUCCAUAUUCUUAUGGUAGGUGAGAGGUUCUCAAAAAAGCUAGUCCACUGUCGACUGAAUGCAAAGUUGUACUCAUUCUUUUAGUUCGGCCCUGGCCAAGACUAAAACUAAAUAUUUGAGUUUAUGGAAAAUAAGUUGGGUCAGUUCGGUCUUUGGCUGCAUUUAGCAAAUUUAUAUUUUUAUUAUACACAUCGGACAUAUGGUUAUCAUUUCAAAAUACUUUUAAAAACUUUAGACUAAACUCUAACACUUUGACUCGAACUUUGAACCACCGUAAUAAUAAUCUAACUUAACGAGCCAGUGGCCGUGUUAUUAUUAAGCCCCACAGCUUCUGAGUUUAAUAUCCACAACAAUUUUAACAGAGAACUGCAGGUAAGAAUAUCGUCUAAUGUUUUGUCAUAACUGAUUGCUAUAACCAUUAGUUUUAUUCUCAAGGAAUUGAGGAAAGGGAAAACAAUGUGAGAGAAGUAGUACUGUGAACAAGGUCUGUUUUCGUUUUUUAUCUUCUAAAAUAAAUGUUUGAAGCGAUUUGAAAUGAGAUUCCUCAACCACGGGAGACCCACCUUAACAGAGGAAUAUCAAUUGGGAACUAAUUAUCCCAUUGUUAUUAUUAUUAUGAACGCAAGCACAAUGUAUUUCUUAUCAUCAAUUCACGUGCGUUAUUUUUUUGACCAUUUUCUAAUUUCGCACACCUGCCUACAAACUUUUUUUUUACUGAAUUACACUUUUCACUUCAACGGCAGGGGAAAUUAUAAACCCCAUUUUACUUCAAGAAUAAUAAAUUCUAUGUUGAUUUGCCCAUUUAGCGAUACUCAAUGAAGAAGUAUUAAUAUUAUUCAGUGCUAUUUUAGGAAAACUGUAUUGUGGAUCGCCACAUAAUAAACACACACCGUGUAUUUUUUAGUGUUCAAUAUUGAAGAAAAAAAUUGAGUAGAUAAAAAAGUAUAACAAAAAACACAAAAAAAUACGUCGUGUAGUUCAAUUGCGUUAUUUAGCUAUAGACACUGUUGUAAUAUAGAUUCGUUACGUAGUCACGCGUGGAAGUUACAAAGUUGAUUUUGAGGUUCGUGCAAUAGUCAUGUAUUAGAUACACACACACACACGGGAGGGAGUAAAAUAGUUUGGAGAACGGCAGUGGCACUAAUCUAGUUGAACGUUGAGUCACAGAGCUCCUCAGACAAACGAUCAGUGGUGAAUGUCCAUUGUGGUGGAAAUUCCACGGGUUUUUUUGUGUGCUCCGGGGAAUAGUUGUCCAUAAAUUGACCAAAUUGGUGACUUCUGACACAUUCCUAAUCAUUUGUAUCGACCCCAGAAGAAGAGAUGGGUCGACCCUGACCGGGAUUUGAACUCGCAAUCUUCUGAAUGUGAACGCUCGGCCGGAUAUUAAUGAGGGUGCAUUUGUAAAUGACAGUACGAGCCUCAGGCACCCUUUCAAAGUGUAAUUUGGCAAAAUGCAUUGACUGCCCCACGUAUACGAUUAUACACACACACCCAAUACAAUUCAAUGGUUAACGGUCGUGUUAUAGAAGGCAUUAGAUACAUAAUUUACAUAUCAGUGCUAUGUUAAUUGAAUAAACGUAUUGUGAAGUAUCGUUGCAUGGAGAGCUACAUAAAAAAAGUCCCAUAUUGUAUACAAUGUGAACAUAAUGUAGGUGGAAUGUAUAGUGUUUACGUUACCUAAUUCACUGCCAAGCGAAUUACCGUUUCACCCAAAAUGGUUUUCAGUCCCUUUCCCGCGUGGAUAAAUUGCAGCAGCUCUGCCCAUUGUGCCCAUUGAAUACAGGAAACCGCAUUGAGUGAAUGGCAUUAAUGUGUGGCUUUCUCCCGAGCAUUCCGCUCUCCUCUCACAUGCAAAUUAAACGCUUAAAAGGGAGUUGGCAAACAUCCAAGAAGCCCCCUGAAAAAGAGUGUUACAGACUCUGGCUUUCAUGGGCAAGGAUAUUUAAACAAUGAGGUGAAAUUGAUAUUGCAUCUUAUCCUUCGCCUUGCAUAUUUCAUUCCUACGCAUUAGUACAACUAAACAUUACCUUACUUUUUUACGGUCGAGUAUAGUUCUCAUGACGCAGUGCAUAACUUAUCGGCCAUCAGAUUUGAUGUUCAUCAUCGGUCUUGAUCAAUCCAUUGCUGGAUGAAGACCUCCCAUAUUCACUGUCAUCUCACGGUUCUGCGAUGUAACAAUCCGCCUAGCACCUGCACACGAGCCGAUUUCCUCGCUCCAUCUCCUUGGGUGGCGUGCUUUCCGAUGAUGCCAUUCAUAUUCGUAAAUUGAAUUUGCCCUUUCUGCAAGAAUUGCUAAAUCAUCAAAUCGCAGUAAAUAAUUCAACAAAGAUCAUUUCCAUGGGCGGCCUUAAGGCAGUAGUGACAAUUCCACAUUCCCAUGGCGGGGCCCAUUCAACCCACAAGAAAGCCACAAAGAAGGACGACAUUUCAUCUUCUCUGGAAAGACGAUGGGCUGAGUUUAACUCCCUUCGACCAGUAUGUGAAUUCGCCAUCUUCUGAUCAUAGAUUACACACUCAGUUGGUAAAUAUGAAAACAUUGCAUCAAACCUAAUUGAGAGGGAUAAAUCUACUCCUGUCCCGAGUGUCAAAGAAUGCAAAACUAUGCUCAUAAAAAAUAUUCUGACAAAAGAAUUCCACGCCACAGGCCAUGCAUGAGAUGUGCCAAUGAAUGAGACAUCCGUAGAAGUCCUGCACUGCCAUGCUUCCACGCUGGCAAGAAGUGGGUGUUGUUAAUGAAUAGCGAGGCUGGGUAGCCAACUGGUCACUUCGCAUCACCACUCGGCUAGUUUCCACUACGUUUACAUUUUGAUCACUAUCAAUGCGCAGUAAUAUCUGUGGGACACUGCCAACAUGCAGUCUGCCAUGUAAAGUGCACAUAAAGCCUUUUUAUUGCAGUCAUAUCGCGAGUUUCAAAUGGUAAAAUGACUGUAAUUUUUUUUAACCAUGCAGUUAUGUUGACGGAAAAUGAAAAUAUAUAUAAUUAAUUAAUAAGCAUCUUCCUUUUUUAUUGAUUGACCAGCUAUUCAAUAAUUAAACAGCGAUUUAAUCAUUAAACCAAGUAACACCCCAUUAUCAAUUAUAAAGGUUUCUCCUUUUUCAUAGGAGACCUGGUAAAAAAAUUGAUGGCAAUAAAAUAACACAGAUAUCUGUCCAAUAAAAGGUAUACAAAUUCGCCGUUUAGGAAUUUUAAAGUAAACAGUUAUCUCAAUUUGUUUCUUGCCUGGUUGAUUGAAAGACGUAAAAAAAAUUGUGAAACGUACUCAAAUCAAUUAUUCUUUGCAAUCAACACAAGUGCGUUUUUAACAUCAAAGUUCGUGAUUUUCGUCCAAUCCAACGGUAUAAUUCCUGCAUACCCACAGCUAUUACUGCUGAGGUCAAAGUGCAAGCCGUCAUUUAUCUGGGGCUUCAGAGGCUAAGGGUGGGUCUCGUAUUGGGCGCGAUGAGAAUUGUUGACAGAGCAUAAUUGUGCAGUGAGGAAACAUUGCCUCUGGCUUAAAAUUCCCCCGAACAGUCAGAAAAUUGGAUGCCGCUUGAUUGAGAAACUGAAAUUGCAACAAAAACCUAUUAAAAAUAAAUUACAAUCUAGAGGUCACCGUGACCAGCGUUGGUGGUGUCACCAAAGCUUGCCAAUCACUCCAUUGUCGUAGUGCGACCAUGCGUGAACAAAGCACAAUGGACAAACGCAGAUGUAUGUUGAACUUAUUUCGCACCGUACGUAGCCAACCACGCACAUCGGAGGUAUGGGGGAAGGACAACAAACUAAAUACAAAAAGCAAUUUUUAAGAAAUUAGUUUUUCAAUCUAGAUUUUAAAGUGCACAGCUUCCUAAUAUCAGAAGGAAGAGCAUUCCAAAUGGCCACAGAAGCGCACAUGAAAGAGUGUGAUGCAGUGACCGCCUUUCUUCGAUGGUGAGCCAAAACGCCGCUGCGACGAACCACAGAUGACUCCUCAGUGGCCUAUGUCACCCACAAACCAUGUUAGGAGAUGAAAUGCCGCUCAUUGUCGUUCCUAAUCAGCCGCCAACGACAACACCAAGACAUGAGCUCCAUUGUUUUACACAUUGUAGACGGAAUGUUUGUUUUUAAGUCAAUGCCACUCGGUUUCCUGUAUUCAAUUGGCAUAAAAUAUUAUAACGCGUAAAAAGAAAAACUCUACCUGCUUCUGCUUUUGUGAAUUCCUGAAAAGUGCUUUUUCUUGCAGCUGACCUAAAGCAAAUUCAUCGUUCAUGCCAUGCCAAUAACAAUUAUGACUCCAUAGUUCCUACUGAUGCCAUUUUGGUAAACAGCACCUUUUAGCAAAAAGGCUGAGAAAAAGCAAUUCUCUCAAUAAUGGUGGCUAAUCAUAAGACGCUGGGUCAAAUGUAAUUCCACAGUAUAUGAUUUAAAUUGAUGGGAACUCUUUCCAUGAUGAAACUUCACGUUAUAAAUGAGGAGGAAAUGUUAAAGCCCUAUUACCUUCAACAAAAUUGAAUUAUUACCUCAAUACAUCAAAAUCAUUCAAUUGGCAAGCCUCAAAUUAAAUGCUAAACAUGUGUGGUUCAUUGAAACACCAGCCUAUUACAGGUGCUGUGAAUGUUAAAACUGGUCAGGGCAUCUCGACCAAUAGAGGCACAGUGCUCAGAAAAAGGUCACAUUCCCUGCAGUACGUCUUUAUGUUGAAAUUCCCUAUCAAGUGAUAACUUUAAAGUGAUUGUAGUAUGAUGAAUAGCAGAUACUUGCUCGUUGCCUGUCCAUUCUGAUGAUAAGAGUAGACAUCGCUUUUCAGUUGAUUUCAGGGAACUGGUGGAUGAGUGAUGCAGAGAAAACAGAAAAAUAUCUAUCGUGGAAUUUGAAGUCAAUUUUGGCGGUUGCUGCAAACACAAAUUAAAAAAAUGUGAAUUUGGACACCCGUUGAGAUAUAUAUAUAUAUACACCUAGCCACGAAUCCACUCCUUAAAAUCAACUCGGUGAUUUUGCUUGCGAGUGUGUAACUGCGUCGGUUGAUCGCGAUGCUUGGCUUUUUUUGUAUCAGUUCUCGCUGUUUGUGUCCCCCGCGCCGAUGUGUGACGUGAUGCUGUUGUGUAAAUUGUAGGUUUAACGGAGGGAAAACACAAAAACACACACCGAGACGGAGAGAGAAACCGCCUGCACGUACAAAAAAAAGCAACUGCGACACGGGAAGCCAACGCUCUGAACGCUGGGAGCACGGAGACGCAACGGCGCACGGGCAGGAGUGGUGGGGGGGGGAGCAGGGGGGGCUGCGUAGUUUUUUAGCGAAACAUGAGCACACGGGGGAGGGGGGGGGUGAGGGGGGGGCCCAUUCGUGAAUCGUUUUUUCCAUUUGUAUUUGACGUUUUGUAAAGUGGUGUUCGUGGCGGUGCGGGGUGGUUUUGGUUUUCAAAAACUGUGAGGGGGGGGAAACACCAGCAACAACCGCAGACGAGUGGAGAAACCAGCUUGGGGUUGCGUGACGAAUAUAUACGAAUGACCUCUCAUUACGUUUAACAGUUCAAAGUGCCUCUUGCACGUCUAUAAGGAUACGGUGAUAACGAGCACGACACAAUAAAAAAAAACACAACAGUUACUGUUCGAGUCAAGUUUAGGAGAGGGUUUUGCUAUGGGUGAAAACGGAAAUAGAGAAAGUUUCAUUCUCGACCGAAAUUGUAGAUUUAAUUGAUCGUUUAAUAAAUACAAAUAAAAGGCCGGCUUCACCAAAAUAAGUCACGAGUUAAAAGAAAACUUCUCACGCAGUGCUGCACGGUAUUUUAUGUGGCGAGAGUAGAUUUUUAUGGGUUUUUAAAACACAUUUUACGGGCAUUGGUGUGUUUACGGUACUUUUAAUAAGACUUUUCCCAGAGUGCUCUUCACACUGAAGUGUUGCAAGUACUGUGCUGUGCGGUUUAAAUGUGUACACCCACAAGCGUUAGCAUUUUAUGACAUGUCCACAUGCAUUGUGAUGCACGCGUAUGCAUGUACCGUAUAUGUGUGUGAAAAGGGUCUCGCGUUUGCUUUCUUAAAAGCCAAUUGGUAAGCGUUCAUCUCAGUUGAUGGUAAUGAGUCACUGGUAAACAAAACAAAAAUCGACAUUCCUAUGACGGGGACCAGUCUCUCCAAAGAAACAACCGCUACCAACCAUCUCUCCAACUUGCUCAGUCCUCCCCCACAGGAGGUCCUCUUUUUACCACCCCAGAUCCACGGAAAUGAUGAUGAUGUUCGGUCAUAGUUGACCCUGGUCGUGAUAUUAACUCACUCGAUGAUGAUGAUGAUGGUUGAACGCCCAGAUAUUUUGAAAACUGAGCUCAAAUCCACACAUAUAUACAGUACAGUAUAUGUGAAAUGCAUUUUAAAGGUUACUUGUGUUUUUGUUUCUCGCUGGAAAAUAUCAAAGUUGUUAAACCGACUUAUUUUGUAUAAGCUGGCGAUGUUUUAUUUGUAUAAUGAUUAUAUUAAAAAUAUCUCUUUUUCAUAUUACAUUGCAAUCAUUAACCCUACUCACAUUCUGAAGUUUCAACAAGUUUGUAAAUAUGAUGUUAAAAAUCCUAAUUGUUGUUUUUUGUUUCGCUCGAAUAAUUCCACUAGAUGGAAUUAUUUUGCACAUGGUUUAUCAGACAAACACGCAAAGUCGAUGUCGUUUUUAAUAUAAUAAUAAUGAUUAAUUAUCCGUGUGUUUUAGGUGACUUGUGCAGAUCUGUUAAGAGCACACGUUUAGUGGCAUAGGACAUUGGCGUAGCGUUUGAAUAGCAUUGUUUAGGUACUGAAUGUAACGAACUGCUGGGGUGAUCGCUUUUCUCUGGCUCGUUUGUAAAGUUCGUGGACACUCAUUUGUAUUGUCCGCAUGGCGAUGCUCCCGCAGAAACGUAUCAAUUUCACAGAGAAGCACAAGUGUUCAGAUUAUUAAUACGAAAAUUAAAUAAAUAAACAUUAAUUUCUGGCGGAUUAUAGUUAUUUAUACAAUAUUGUAGCGGUAGUGUGUAAGGAUUCACAUUGUCGAGUAGGGAUUCCGUAGGGUUUUUUUCUUAAUAACAAUUAAAAUGUACAAACUAUUGUCGAUCCUACGUAUCACUCCACAAAGCAAUGACGGCGGGUGUUAUUUAAGUCGUCUGAAAAUUAUUCACGGAAAGCUAUUUUAAUUGAAAAACGAUUACUUCAUUGGGUGAAAUUGAUCAUUGGAUAAAUUACAUUAUUUGGUCCAAACUGAAAUGGUUGGAGGUGCGGUACAAGCCCGUUCUUAUGCUGCUCAACGCAAGCACUUGUCAUGCUUACUUGGCGCGGUAUGAUCUCGACGUAUGACCGGUUCUGUGUCUUGACGCCAGCACUGUAACUUAAUGGUACCGGGGAAGGAGGGGGGUGAGAUAUAGGUGACACACUUGAACAAUUCAAGGGCAGCAAUUGAAACGACGAAAAAAUAUGAAAAAAGUCUUGAUCUGAUUGAAAACAAAAACACUAGAGAAAACUUGCAUACCGAAAUUAAUAGCGAACGAUACUGUAAUUCCUUUAAAUGCGGGUAACAAUGGCACGACAAGAAGCACACGAGCAUGGGCUCUGCUCAGAAAGAGGCCCCGUUUGAGAAACGCCUCAAGUACAAAGGUUACGGUGCACAACUUUCGAAUGGCAUUCCAGAAAAUCCACGUUGCAACCGUUUUCUACGUUCGAUGAAACAAGCCUUUGUAAAAGCUCCUCUCUAUGCUGUGGCUUUUUUUGGAAUGGACACAGGUGUUUGUUAUUUGUUUUUAUUUUGUAAAACUCUGGCAAAUGGACUUCAUUACAAGUGAUUUAGUUGUACAGGUGAAAGGAUAGCGUCAAAAACCACAGUGUUUGAUGUGAAUAACAAACAAAAAAACGGCAUAUGUUCGUGUUGCAAACCUUAGGUAGGUACAAGCGUAUAUUGAUGUGAAGUUAAAUGUAAUUUAUCUUUAUGGGACAUUACAAAUUGGAUUGUGGUUAAUGCAGUUCAUGUUUUUUAUUGUGGAUGUUUGAACAGUGCAUACAAGGGAUAUUUGUACUGCAUAUUUUCAUUUUGAAAUGUACCGUAUAUGCUGAAAUGAAUUAACCGUUCUUAAUAAAUGUCUAGAUAUGGAUGUAAA